UCAAGCCUUUGCAUCCUAUCUCCUGCCCAGGAUGCACCCCACCGCCACCCUGUGAGGAAGCCUUGGCAUGAAGCUGCUCCCAGCAGCCUGGCCCCUGCACCUACCACCCAGGAGACUCCCCGGCCUGCCAGCAGCCCCAGACCUCCCCGCUGCGGUGUGCCCGACCCGCCUGAUGGGCAGAGUGCCCGCAACCGCCAAAAGCGGUUCGUGCUGUCAGGUGGGCGCUGGGAAAAAACGGACCUCACCUACAGGAUCCUCCGGUUCCCGUGGCAGCUGGUACGGGAGCAGGUGCGGCAGACAGUGGCAGAGGCCCUCCAGGUGUGGAGCGAGGUGACACCACUCACCUUCACCGAGGUGCAUGAGGGCCAUGCUGACAUCAUGAUCGACUUUACCAGGUACUGGCAUGGGGACAACCUGCCAUUUGAUGGGCCUGGGGGCAUCCUGGCUCAUGCCUUUUUUCCCAAGACCCACCGAGAAGGAGAUGUCCACUUCGACUAUGACGAGACCUGGACUAUUGGGAACAACCAGGGCACAGACCUCCUGCAGGUGGCGGCCCACGAAUUUGGCCACGUGCUGGGGCUGCAGCACACGCCGGCUGCUAAGGCACUUAUGUCCCCUUUCUACACCUUCCGCUACCCGCUGAGCCUCAGUCCAGAUGACCGCAGGGGCAUCCAGCACCUCUAUGGCCGACCCCGGCCAGCCCCCACCUCCAGGCCCCCGGCCAUGGGCCCACAGGCUGGGGUGGACACUAACGAGAUUGCUCCGCUAGAGCCGGAAGCCCCACCAGAUGCCUGCGAGAUCACCUUUGAUGCAGUCUCCACCAUCCGUGGUGAGCUCUUCUUCUUCAAGGCGGGCUUCGUGUGGCGGCUGCGUGGGGGCCGGCUGCAGCCUGGCUACCCUGCGCUGGCUUCUCGUCACUGGCAGGGACUGCCCAGCCCUGUGGAUGCAGCCUUCGAAGAUGCCCAGGGCCACAUCUGGUUCUUCCAAGGUGCUCAGUACUGGGUGUACAACGGCGAGAAGCCAGUCCUGGGCCCUGCACCCCUCUCUGAGCUGGGCCUGCUGGGGUCCCCCAUCCAGGCCGCCUUGGCCUGGGGCCCCGAGAAGAACAAGAUCUACUUCUUCGGAGGUGGAGACUACUGGCGUUUCCACCUCAGCACCCGCCGAGUGGACAGCCCUGUGCCCCGCCGGGCCACUGACUGGCGAGGGGUGCCUUCUGAGAUCGACGCCGCCUUCCGGGAUGCUGACGGCUAUGCCUACUUUCUGCGCGGUCGCCUCUAUUGGAAGUUCGACCCUGUGAAGGUGAAGGCCUUGGAGGGCUUCCCCCGCCUUGUGGGCCCUGACUUCUUCGGCUGUACCGAGCCUGCCAAUACUUUCCGCUAACCACGACUUCGAUGCUUUCAGGGUUCCUGACCCCUGCCAGGCCACUGAUAUCGGAUAGAGACCAGUGGCCAUUUUUAUGGCUGUGGGUCCAGGCAUAGGAUGGAGCCUGUGUUUCCUCAGGGGGGUGGGGAGGGGGUGCUGUCACUUUGACAACUGCAGGGAGGGCCACGCAGGUCGUGGUCACCUGCCAGCAACUGUCUCAGACUGGGCAAGGAGACUCUGGUGUUACUUAAGGGUGAGGGUGGUCUCAGGCCAGCCCCACCCAACCUGUGCAGGUCACAGUCAAACCCUGCUGCCCUCAGUCUCCAUCCCUGUCCUCAGGUUAGCACCUCAGCAGGGCUGGGGAAGUUGAAGCCCUCAUUCUGUCCCUGCUGUGAGGUUCCUGCAGGGUGCUGGCACAGGGGGGCCCUUCUCCCUUUUCCUGAGAGGUCAGCUCUGGGUAGGUGCUUGGAAUUGGCUGCCUUCUAGUUGGUGAGCCUAGAGAUCUGUUCCCCAGGAUCCAGGCCAAAAGGUCCAGAGUCAGCUGGGGAGGGGGUUGUUUCCUGCUGGAGACCCCAGGCCCUGGAAGCCCCAACAUACCUCAAUCCUGUCUUGGGCUAGAUCCUUCCCAGCCCUCAUUCCAGCACUGGGACCCUCCAAAGUCAUGUAAAUGUGUGUACAGUGUGUACAAAGCCUUUUUUUUUUUCUACUGAGUACUGUCAUUAAAUAUGGUUUAUUUUCUA